AGCAGAACAUAGAGAUUGAUGCGUCAUCUAGCACAAGAUACCUUGAAACUGACACAAAAACUGAAAAUUUGAGUCAAUUGAGUUCCCGUGAAGAAAGACUUUAAAUUAUUUUCCUGCUUUUGCUGAUGGUAUGUUCGGUCUUGUAUUUUUCUCCUUUCAUCUUUUACUCUCUAUUCUUGCGGGGUUUCUAUUUCUCAUAUUACUUUCAAGAGCUCCAUUUGCAGCUUCUUCUGGCUCUACCUAAAUAUCUGCUAUAGAUCAAUCCGAGAAAACUCGAAAAGCAUGGCUCAAACAUUAGAAGCCAUCAAGGUCGGUGGAGGUUCGAUUAAAGUGGGAACUACCGGUAAAGUCAGUGCCUUGAUGUCAAAAGAAUUAGUAGAUUCCAAGAAACCGGCUACCCAAAAGAAUAAAUCUCCUACUGUUUGUGGUUUCAUUGCUGGUAGCGCGACAAGUCCAAAGAGAAUGAAGCCGAGAACAUCAAGUGACGAAGCAAGCAGCAGCGGAACAACAUCUAAGCAUAACAAUAAAAGCCCUGAAUCGUUCAGGAAGACGAAGCACAACAAUAGAAAAACACAUCAAAUUCCAAUACUAGAAUCAGAAAACAUUUCAGUAGAUGGAACUCCGGUUAGCCUGAAACCUGACAGGAAGGGACCCUACAAGGUGGAAAUCGUGGACGUAAAAUGCAGGAGUAUGGACAGAACUUGGGCGAACCCGAUAAAAAAUAGCCUAAAGAAGCUCGGUUUCUCAAAGCUAUCUGAGAGCUCGGUCUAAGUACAGUCAAACCUCUCUAUAACAAAGUUGUUUGUUCCGGUGGUUUUUGGCUACUAUAGCGAAAUGUUGUUAUAGAGAACAAUAAUAUAACAUAACAUGAAAGAUCGGCUCCAAAAAAGCAUGGUUGUUAUAGCGAAAUAUUGUUAUAAAGGGUGACUGUUAUAGAGAGUUUUGACUGUAUACGCAAACUUCAAACAUCAGCCUUUAGAUUCCUGUAAGUGAAUCUUGAAAUAGCAGUUGGUAGAUUACAUUCUGCAACUUCUACUAUAGAACACAUGCUAGGCACCAUCAGCUUACUGCUCCUCCCUUUAUUUUUGGGAUUUGUGACCAAAGACCCGAGCUUCGGUCUAGAGUAACUGCUAGUAGAAGCCACAUCCGAAACUUGAUGUGGCUUGUGAGCUAUGUUACUCAAACUCUUCAAAAAUGUCGAUGGCUGCGUAUCAGAUAUGUGUGGCAACAUUUUUGGAGAGUUCGAGCAACCUACCUUGCGAGUGCGGUUGUGAUGGUUUAGUUGUAGCUUAUUGAAGUACUCGAUUUCUCGUAACACGAGGGAUCCAACGGUUCCUCUGCUGCCUAUCUGAACAAGAGGAUUAUGUGCAGCAAUCUUCUCAGCAACUGUCAAGCCUAAGCCAUUAGCUUUAUAUUCAGAUCUUUGCAUGAUAGGUUGAAAAGAAGUGUUUGUUUUGGUAUGAGAAUUGGUCAUUUUGGUUAGGCCUAAUUCAUAGUGCAAUUUCACAUGAUUUCUUUACCUUAUGUCUUAUCUAAUAAUGUGAGAACUAUAGGCUUGAAUGAAGAUAGGAGGCCCUCUGAUCACCUUAUUCAUGUGCUUGCAGUUAAAAAACUUCAAAUUUGUUCAACUUCUAACUA